CUGAUAAUCAUCAUGGCGUCAUUUGCUGUUCGCCGCUCGGGACUGCAACAAGUUCUUGUGUCUUUCGUUUGCUGUUCGGCGUCUGAAACAUUCUAGUGGCAUUGAUUUGAUUUUGGUGACUUAAUUCUCCAUAUUAAAUUCAUUGUUACCAAACUGUCUUAGGAUGCCUAAGAGAGGCAAAGAAUCGAGAUCAUCAAGUCGUCAUUCUGGUGGUCAGUUUUCACCUCCAUUGCCAUUAUCAUCUAGACAACCUAGAAAUGAUUAUCAAAUUGCUGGACCCUCACGAAUAAUGAAUAUAAGUAAUAGUCCAAUCGUACUAACAGAUGAUGAUGAUGAUGAUGAAUGUUAUAAGAAUGUAGAUUCUUCAAUGAAUAUAUUUCGAGAAAAUGGAAAUAAAUUGAAACCUGAUUCAGGCGAAUGUACACGAAUAGUGAAACAUUUUGUUCCUUCUGCUGAUAGGUACCAAAUGUCACAAUGUGCUACUGAUAAACCAAGAUUUAGAGGACCCGAAACUGAUGUAUUGCAUGACCUAGAAAAGGAUAAAUUAAAAAAUAUUCGUGUACAAAUGAUUCGUGCUGAUGUGCAACAAAAUGAUUCAUUUCGAAAAGCUUAUGUUAUUGAAGAAUCAGCUGCUAGUAGAUCAAAAGGAGAAAAAAACCAUCAAAAUUUUGAUGAUCGACAAGCUCACUUUAAUCCAACUCAGCAGAUGCAUUAUGAUAACGGCGCAGAUAAAAAUUACGGAAUAAUUCAUAUGAGCCCCAACCAGAUGAUGUCUCGUGAUCGAAGUUUAUCUCCUCGUAUUAACAUGGGUCGUCCUCCUUCUCCUCCUCUGCCUUACUCUCCUGAAAGAGAUAACUUUAAUUCUGACAUGUUACGCAGAGAUAGAGCUAAGCGAUCUUUAGAAAGGAACGUUCAUGACCGUCAACAAAGGCCAGAACAUUUCUUAGAACAACAUAAAAUAGAAAGCUUUUCUUCUGGCCCUCCAGAACCUAGAUCACCAGAAACGCAACGCUUUAGAUCAGGUGAUCAUAAUAGGCAUCGUAUGAAAGAAGAACAAAGUCAUUAUGAAGAUCGUCCUUCCAGGCGUAGCAGAUCCCCUGUGUAUUUUGGAAACAAUUAUCCAUACAGAAGAAGUAUGUCGCCUAAUAUCCGACCAUUUUCUCCUCCUAAUCAUGGUCAUUUGCCAAUGUCUCCACCGCAAUCACGUGAACUUUCUUCGCCACCUCUAAGAGAUCGUCUGCCACAUCCUGGUGAUCGUUCUCGAAGAAGACGUUCGCCUCCACCUAGACGAGAUCGUUCUAGAGACAGGCGUCGUCGCCUUUCUCCUAGAAGAAGAACACCGCCUCCACCCGUUCGAAUACCAAUAAAGCGUAGAGAAAACGGUUUUAGUAAAAAGCGAGGAUCUUACAAAAAUCAGGAAGCACGUAAACGAGAAGCCAAAGAAAGAAAAAGACGAUCUCAAUCCAAGUCAAAAUCUGCAUCACAACAAGAUCAACAACAAAUUGCAUUCCAACAACCUCAACCACAGCCUAUGUAUCCACCCCCACCACCACCAGGUGUAGUACGCUUGCCCCCACCGCCGAGACCUUUUCCUCCUGGACCAAUGAUGAUUCCAUUACGUCCACCUCCGUUUCCUCCACCAAUGGGAGGUUGGAGACCAGGACGACCGCCCAUGCAAGCGCCUCCACCUUCAGGUUGGCCAUAUCCACGCCCAAGGCCAUUCUACUUUCCCUACUAAAAGAAGUGUCUACGAAUAUUUAGAUUUAAAUAUAUUUAAGUGUGUGUAUGUUAAACAGUUAAGAGUUCAAUUAUUUAAACCUCUCCCAGGUGAACUUGUUUUAAGAAGUAGAAAAUAAAGACUACGAUGACUUACAUCCAAUUUCGCACACUUUAAUUUUUGGAAG